AAGAAGAAAUAAUUAGUGGGAGAAAGAAUGGUGAGUGAAGAAGUAGAAAAGAAACUCUACAACGCUGCAUCAACAGGGGAUGUUACAACACUUGUACAUCUACUUGAAGAAGAUCCAUAUCUUGUUCAUGGAGUCUCAUUUCCAUGCUCAAGAAAUCUUCUACACAUAGCAGCCACAGGAGGACACGUAGAGAUUGCCUCAAAAUUACUGGCAGUAGCCCCGGAGAUGUGCUGGAGGCGCGACGACCAAGGCAUGAAUCCGGUUCAUAUUGCAGCCAUGAAUGGGCAUGUUGAUAUUCUAGAACGUCUCCUUCAAGAGAGUUGUUUUCCCGCAAUGGAGAGACUGCAUCGCGGGCAGACAGUGCUGCAUUUGUGUGUGAAACAUGGUCAACUUAGGACAUUGAAGGUAUUGGUGGAGAAGUUGGGAGAUCUUGUGUGUUCAAAGGAUGAUGAUGGAGAUACUAUAUUGCAUGUGGCUGUUAGGUGUGAUCAAAUCGAUAUGAUAUAUUACUUGGUGGAUAUCGAAGUCCUAAAGCAGGAUAUAAGAAAUGGGAUGGGAAAAACUGCCGCCCAGAUCUUGAACGACAGUCCUCCGACCAAAACCCACUAUGCAACGAUGAAAAGGCUGUUAACAGCGCAGUCACACAAUUUAAUGUUCAAUGUCAUCCCCGGAGUCAGCAACACCAUGAUGGUGGUGGUAGUCCUGAUUGCGACGAUGGCCUUCCAGUCGGCCAUCGCCCCCGCAGGCGGAGUAUGGGCUGAAGACGACGCCAAGAAGUCUCGCCGAGCCGGCCAGGCCGUGAUGGCAUCCACCAAUCCCAAGGCAUACAUGAGCAUUAGGUUCGCCAACAUCACGGCCUUCCUGUGUUCCCUCGUUGCAAUGUACCUCUUCGCCUUCAGGGUCCAGCUGAAAAAUUACACAGUAGCCUUCAUUUUGGUGUCCAUCCUCGCCAUUGGAGCGGCGCUGAUAGCUGUCAUGGUCACCUUCUUAAAGUCGAUUGAUGCGAUCACUCCAUGCGAGCUCAGCCCUCCCAGGGGAAACAUGAUUAUGUGGGGGUUUUUCAUUAUUGGAGUGAUAUGGGCAUGUUAUGAGUAUGUGAUAGGACUCGUUUCAAGUAUGGUUUAAUGGUGGUUGUUACACUAAUCGGGGCACUAAUGUUAGAAAAAGUAGUCGUUUAAGUGUGCAGGAACUGAGAAGCAUUGGAGCAGCUAAAUGUCAGGGCAAUUUGAUCAAUUCGAAAAAGAAGCGGAAAAAACUGCAAGAAUUGAAAGCAAACUGAUUAGAUGGACACAAACUAAGAGGAACAACUGAACCUGACAGCUGAGUGAGUUGAUCAAGCGGAGAAAACUACAUGAAGAUAUGAGAAGAUAAGUCAGAUGAGAGAGAAAGAAGGGCGCCAAAUCAGGAGGAUCUUGCCCUAGGGAUCGGUGCCCAAGCCGUCCUAUAAAUAGGGGAGGAAAUGAAGGAGAAAUCAUCAUCGAUCAACACUUUCUCUACAUUCUCUCAUAUACUUAGACCGCAAGAUAGCAUGGAGCAAAAGAACUUUGACAAAGUUUAUAGGGUUGAUUUAUAGGGCACUACAGUCAGUGCCCUAAUGCUGAAGCAAAGAACUUUGACAAAGUUUAAGUUAAUUUCAGUGAAUUUUCUGCAGAAUCAAUUUUCCAUUUUUUUUUAGUUUCACUCAAAGUCUAUAUAAGGUCUUUAGUUUAGUACAUCAGAGGUCAUGCCUGCCAGAGCUGGAGCCGCUGCUGUGAUUCAACCGCUCCAUGUCUGAGAGAAUAGGGUUUUAGCCAAGAGGAAUGAGAGAGAAGUAGGGUUCUUGCAGAAUGAGAGAAAGAUAAGGAAGAAAAAAGUUUUUGGAUAGGCUUUUUGUUGGUUGAAUAAAUUAAUUUCUAUGCUGCAUUUUAAUUUAA